AUGGCCUCGCACAUCCCGGGGUGUCGCAUGAGAUCGGCGUGCAACGCCUGCCACUUCGCCAAGCUGCGCUGCUCAGGUGGCUCGCCAUGUGCCAACUGCCAGAUCUCCAGCCAGCCGUGCGCCUAUAGCCUGUCCAAUCGCCUGGGGCGGCCCAAGGGCGUCAAAAACAAGCGAUCGACUGGCGACUCUGCGCGCGCGACAUCCACCCGGUCGAACCUGCAGGAGACGAACCUCAAGCGGCCGCCGAUGAACGGUCACGAUGUUUCCACGACGGCCAGCACGGAGCCGGAGGGGAUGGCCGAUCUCGAUCGUCUGGUCCACGCGAAUUAUCCCAUGUUGCCGGACGAGCUUGACCUAUUCACAGCCUUUGCAGCCUAUCCUGGUGAUCUCCCGCUGCCGCCGCACAAGUCGGCAAGUGGAUAUGUGACGCCGUCCAACAGCAUCCACGGCGACGCCACCUCGCUCGAAGUCUCCCACCGGUGCAUCUGCGCUCAGCAACACGCCGACCUGCUCUCUCAUCUUCGCGCAAUGCGCCAGCAGCCGGCCCCAACCUCCGUGGACGCCCUGCUGGCAGCGGGUCAGCGCACCUUAGCUACAUGGAAGCACUUCAGCCAAUGUCUCGCGUGUAGCAGACCCGUCAACGAAGAGACCAUGCUCCUCUCGGCAAUCAGCAUGCGCAGCAUGCUGCGCCUGCUACAGACCUUCUCCUCAUGUGUCGCGACCGAACACCCGGCGCCUACCAGCAUGCUGUCCCCGUCCUUAGAGGAUGCCGACGGCCCGCUGAGUAUGACCAUCGGCGGAUACCAAAUCGAAGGGGACGAGCGACACAUGGUCGGGAACAUGUUGGCGCUGCACACGCUAAACCGCAUCGAGUUUGCCGUCUCAUGUCUCACGGAGCGCGUCGCUAGCUGCACGCGGCCGGGCACGUCGUCAGGUGAGAGGAUGCCUGCGAAGUGGAUGGCGCCCGACGAUAGUGAGUUGGAGAGCGACCUACAGCCGGUGCAGGUGAUCCUGCAAGGAAUGGAGGCGACGAUCGGGAAGCUCAGCCAGGCUCUGCAGUGGAAACAUCGCGUCGCGACGAUGAAGAUGUACGGAGGAAUGGGAUAG